AUGAAUUCUUUUCUUAAUGAAAACACUAAUUCUUGCAUUGAACUUGACACUGAACAUGAUAUUAGUUUUGAUAAUAGUUACUACACCAAUGUUAAUAAAACAAUUCAACAAAUACCUUCAAAUAAGUUUGCAAUGAGACUUGACUGUAUAGAGAAAAGCUUGGGUGUCACUAUUAGAGCAGAAAUUCAUAAUCACCUGAUGGAUACUGCUGUGGCUGUUUUUGAUUCUGGUUAUUGCAAAUUAAGCAAUAGUAAAAAUAAUCAAGUGCUAAUGCUUUAUAAUAGUAGAAUACCAGUGCCAAUAAUUAUUAGAAUAUUAAAUAAAGAGUAUAAGAGAUAUAUUCAUAAUAAGGAUGUGUAUAAUUCAUUAAACCAUCAGUCUCAUGAUUAUGUUAAAGGUUUAUCUGAAAUAUCACAACUCUUAAGUAAUUUACAUAAUAAAACUGAAUAUUUAGUUACUUAUUCAGUUAAGAACAACAAACUUCACUACUUAUUUUUUUCUAUACAUUUUGCACUUAUGAGAUUUGAAAAUUACUCAAAGAUUGUGCUAAUAGAUUCUAUAUACAAGACUAAUUAUUUUGGAAUGCCACUCUUUCUUAUUAGUGAUGUUGAUGCUAUA